AUGAACUACAUUUUUGGAAACAGCUCUCUCCUCUACUCACGGGCCAGCCGGAGUGGCACCACCCCCGGAUCUGGCCAGGGGUCGGGAGGGCCCAAGCCGAGGUUCUGGGCCAGGAAGGGCUCUGCGGACAAUCUGCCAGAGGGCCCUGAGCCUUCACGCUGGCAGCCCAUCCUUGCCUUCUUUGCUCGCAGGCACCCCUUCGUGGACUGUGUCUCGGUUGCCACCAGCUCCAGCCAGACACCAGAAGCUGUUCUUCCUUCUCCUCCUGUUGUCUCUGCUCUGCCAGUUCCUGCUGAGGCUUCACUCAUCCCAUCUUCCAUAUCACAGGCAAAUCCCCCUCCAGUCGUGGUAAACACAGAAGCUCCGGAGACACCAACUUACGUCAAUGGCACUGACGCAGACUAUGAAUAUGAAGAAAUCACACUGGAAAGGGGCAAUUCUGGACUUGGCUUUAGCAUCGCAGGAGGUACAGACAACCCACACAUUGAGGACGACUCUGGUGUGUUCAUUACAAAGAUCAUCCCAGGAGGAGCAGCUGCCCAGGAUGGGAGGCUGCGGGUGAAUGACUGCAUUUUACGUGUGAACGAGGUAGAUGUCCGUGAUGUGACCCAUAGCAAAGCUGUGGAAGCCUUGAAGGAAGCAGGCUCCAUGGUCCGUCUGUAUGUUAAGAGAAGAAGGCAGACGACGGAGAGGAUUGUGGACAUAAAACUGGUGAAGGGGCCCAAAGGUCUUGGGUUCAGCAUAGCUGGGGGUGUUGGAAAUCAGCACAUUCCCGGAGACAACAGUAUCUAUGUCACCAAAAUUAUUGAAGGUGGUGCUGCACAUAAGGAUGGCAGACUCCAGAUUGGAGACAAGUUGAUGGCUGUGAGUUUAAAUUUAUGUUGGCUUUUUAUUCGCUUUUCCAUGCUGCAUUUGGGCAGUUAUGUUCUCCUUUAGUGUUACUAGGACACUCUGUGGCACAUCUUACACAUCAAAAUAGUAUUUUGGAAUCCUGCUGCUAUAAAGACUGAGUUGAAGGUAUGGAGAUGAGUUGGUCUUCAGUUUCUCUCAGAGAAGGCUGGGACACCAUGCAGCGUAACUUGCGUUCCUAGAGCAGGGAGAAACCUAGAGUAAGAACAUGUUUUACAGCAAAGAAGAUCUGCUUUAAAUAUUGCAUAUCUCAUUGGAAGUCAAUAUUGAAACUGGGCCAUCCUAAUUAUAUUUGCUGAAUAAGUGUGUAAUUCACAAGGUUGGUCACAGAUAUUUAGAAUUCCUGAAGCUUUGACUUCUGAACUGCUUAAAUAUGUGGAGCUAGAUAAAACACACUCUUGUGCAUUUGCUUUUGCCCUUGCCUUGCCACUCAGAAAUAAAUGUUCUGUCAUGGCACUUGCCCUUUAGAAUGUCAUCCCCAUGGGGAUUAGAUUGGCCCCCACCCCGAUGGCCUUUCGCAAGCCCUGAAGACGUGGCUGUGUUCCUGGGUAUGCGGGUUGGAGUGUCAGUGCCUGAGAAGUGGUUAUGUUGAUGAUGGGUGCUUAUGUCAGGUGCCGGACAUGUAUUUAUUUUUUAUUGUUAUGCUGUUCUUGUUAGCCACCCAGAGUCACUAUGAUGAAAUAGGUGGCCAUGUAAAUGGAAUAAAAUAAAUACGUGGCCAUUGUUUUAACAAAUUUGCCUUCUUUCAGAAAAUUCUGUGAAGAAAAUGACUUUAAAAUCCUAUCAAGGCAGCUUCAAAAAGAGUAAAAGCACUAUUAGCAUAAAGUUCAAAACGAAGUGCCAACCACAGGACCAGUGCCUGCCAAAUGCCAAAGCAUUUCAAAUCUGGCAACCUAGAGUAUCUUACAAUGUGGCUGUCUUGCCCUUGGAGAAUGGUAUUCUGCACCCGUUAACAUUUAUAGAUUGUCAUAAAAGGCUGUUCUCUAUCGUUUACAUGGCCGAUUCUAAUUAGAUGCAGAUGAGUUUAAAGAGAAGGUCUACCUUCUCAGGACAAGGCCAGUUCGAAUAUCAAGUGGAGCUGGUCAAAAGCACUCCCAGCCACUCCCAGAUCUUCUCCGGUUAAUGCCAAAUCUAGAACUCCAAAAUUCCGUGUUUGAACAUUCAAGGAGUGUAAUUCCUCCUCCCACAACGAGUUUGUUUUCCUCCUCAGUUCUCUCAAGUGUUAUGUUUUGCCUCACCUCCCUCACCUGUUCCUGAAUCACCUCCUCCCAGUAUUCAAGAACUUUGAGGAUCCCCUGCCUGGCACAUGCCGUUCUAGGUGAGGGGUAGAGCUAGGAAUCACCAGCAUAUUGAUGAUGUUUCAGAUCGGUUGUCUACAUAAUUUCCCCCAGUGGUUUCAUAGGAUUUUAGAGUUAGAAAGGGUUAUUUAGGCCAUCAGCCUAACCCCAUGCUUUCAUACAAGAUUCUGUAUUAAAGCAUUCCUGACAAUGACCAUCCAUUUGAUUUCUGUUGUUCAUAUUAAGGCUUUGCUAUUAGUUCUCUGAUUAUCUGUACUGUCCUUCUCAUUACUGCUUAAAAUUUGGUAUCAGGAACUGUACUUGAAGCGGGUGCAAUCGAAAAAAAAUAAAAUGGAAUAAUAGCCCUAACUCUAACUAUAAUUUCCUAAACCUGCAUUUGCCUUUUUUGCAGUUUCAUCCCACUACUGACUCAUACUCAGUUUCCAGGCAACUGCUGUACCAGCAAUUUUUUCGCAAGUAUUGUUACCAAGGCUGCAUCCUAUAUUUAUGCAUUUGAUUUUAUUUCCUGGGGAACUUUGCAUAUGUCUCUUACACCCACUUCUCUACACAAAAACUGUUGCUGGACCAGGAUAUAGCUCAUCUUAGUCUAGCCCUUCCCCACCUUUCCUCCACAAGGGGUAUUUGGAGGCCUCCUGGUCCCAGUUUGGAGGUAACAUUGAGCCUUCAAAACCAUAGCUCUUGACAGAGAGCCUCUUCCGUCCCCUUUUCAGGCCAUCCAAGUUAGUGGCCAUCACUGUGACUUUUGCAUUGUAUUUAAAGGUUUAUUAUACAGGUAGUCCUCACUUACCGACCACUUGUUCAACGACUGAAGUUACAGCGGUGCUGAAAAACUAACUUUAUGGUCAGUUUACAACCAUUUAGGACCUUUGCAGUAUCCCUCAAUCACAUGAUCGCCAUUACAGUCAGUACACAUCCUGACCUGUGUUUU